AUGACGGAGCUCACGCCGAAGUCGCCGAGAACGACAGAGAAGUUUUCCUUGAAAGACAAGUCAGCAGUCUCUCGAACUCGGAUAAUACGGCAAAGAUGCUGUGUGCGAAGCAGGAAGGCACCGCCCGACUUUCAACCGCUGACGAGGAUGCGGUACUCCAGCGCGACAUGCUGCUCUUUCUGGAACAUAUGUUUCUUGUUCGUGCAGACGCGGUUCUGGUCAGCACUGGCGAUCUCGCUACCGUGCGCGCUUAUCGCAGGUGGACUCAAGCUCUACCAGAAUUAUGUUGAUGAAGGGAAAAUGAAUGGCGUCAUCAAUGACGACCAGGCCUACACCGGAAUCGUGGUGCUCAUCAGCUUUCUGAUAGUUUUCCGCACCCAAACUGGCUACCACAAGUUCUGGGAAGGGACUGAUCUUGGAUACCAGUUGGUGGGAGAUCUCUCUGACGGAUGUAGCGACCUCAUCGCCUACUGUGAAGGCUCCAAGUUGGAGGAUGAGGAGGUUCAGGCUUUUCAGCACCUCCUAAUUCGUUUGGCUAGCCUUCUGUCUGCUGUGUGCUUUGCAGAGCUCAUGGGCGGUGGCAUAGCCUACGAAGAUCCGACGGUGCCGACUAAAUUCCUGGAGUAUGAGCUGAUCGACUUCAGCGGGCUGGAUGAUGACACUCGCCAGUUUAUGCUCGAUGGGCAAGGCAGCCCAGAGAUUAUCUAUCAGUGGAUUCAGAUUGCGAUAUGUCGGGCUAACAACAUGGGCACUUUCGGCGUGCCACCGCCAGUGCUUACACGAGCAUAUCAAGAUCUUGGUCUCUCCAUGAUCAGGUUCCACCAGGCGCAGAAGAUUGUGGAAGUCCCCUUCCCUUUGCCAUAUGUGGUUGCUUUGCAGCUGCUGCUGAUCACACACUGGGUGAUGACGCCAAUCGUGUGCAGCGGAUGGACUGACUACACUGCUUGGGCUGUCAUGUUCGCGCUCACGAACACGUUAUCACUGUGGUUCUUCGUUGGAGUCGCAAUGGAAAUGGACUCACCAUUCAAGCAAGCCAUGUUUGCUAUUGACUCGAAGGCUUUGCAGCGCCACCUGAACCAUCGACUUAUGGCACAGCUGCACACAUUCGAGGGGCCGCAGCCGUCUUUGAAGAAGACUUUCCUCAAAGACCCUCUGCCUGUUGUGAUGACACCACAGGAGACCGGGCUUGAAGUCGGGCGAGUUCGGUCCAACUCCCGUCCUCCUGUUGGCAACUAUCGGCGGACCGGCUCCCUGCAUGGAGCCCUGACGAAUUUCUGUCUGGAUGGGCCGUUGGAGUAUGACGACCACUCAGACGAUGCAGCAAGCCCCCAAGAUGUGAAGCUCUGCUUGCCAGAUGAGAAAAUCAGGCUGCGCAGCCUACGACGCGCCUCCGCGGAGCAGGAGGAGCCCGAAAAGUCUUUAGAAGAGAAGUUCAGCGACUUCACCACGGUGCUUCCCUGGUUCGGUUUUGCAGCCGAUAUCCAGCAUCUCCACUCGAAAAGGCGAGAACAAGUUCGAGAGGCAUCCGCUGCACCACAAAUCGCUGCUGAUGCUGCAGUUCUCAGUAAAGCGCUCCAAGGCGCCAUCGACGGGGGCAAAUGCUCGGAGGAGAUACCGGAGGUCGUUGAAGCUGCCCUGCGAUUCUCGGAGUCUAAGAGCGUCGAGACAAACCCGACGAAGGCCAUCGAGAGCAUCGCUGGCCGAUGGGAAGCUGUGUGGAGUGGCGCUUUCACUCCGUUGCAGAAGUGGGGGAUCCCGCCCCAGUGUUUGUGGCUUGAGGCUGGAUCGGGGGCUGCAGUGGGGUCCCGGAAAGCUUGA